CUCAACCUUCUCCAUCCUCUCUCAGCUCAACCCCUCCACUGAUCCUCUCCCCCUCUUCCUUCUCCGCCCACCUUCAGACCAUCCCACCCUUUUUUGCACGCCAUCUCUCGCGCAGUCACCAGACAAGGCACUUCGCGCGUUUGCUCGACCUGCAUCGCCUUCCAGCAGCCAUUCUUGACUGAUCCGGUCGUAAAACCCAACCCCAAACCUCCCACUUCCCAUCACACUUCAACCCUAGCUGUUCAACAUUCAGGGUUCGCCACAGAACAUUUAGAAAUCUCUGGUCUAGCAAAGUUCUGAGGCGACUUUCACCCCACCCCUCGCGCAACCUUUAUUUGACUCUCCCGACCGCAGCCACCUCAUUUGCGCGCAUUUCUCAUUACAUUCCAACACUCCUCUACACGACCCCUACAUCCAACAUCAUGUCUGGUUCUCAGGAUCAAAUGUCCCCCAUCGGCGACGAUCUGCCUUCUGGCAUCGAUCGCGUCAAGAUUGACGACGGCGAGCGCCUCGGCCCCGAUGGAGAGCCAGCGCCUCGCACCGACGAAGAAUACGCCGUGGCUCAGCUGACCCUGCGUGCGAUCGUGUCUUCCAAGGAGGCAGGCGUCAUCAUCGGCAAGGGCGGCAAGAACGUCGCCGAGCUGCGCGACGAGACUGGAGUCAAGGCUGGCGUUUCCAAGGUCGUACAGGGCGUUCACGACCGCGUUCUGACCAUCACUGGAGGAUGCGACGCCAUCUCUAAGGCGUAUAUGGUUGUCUCUCGCGCCCUGCUUGAAGGCGCCCCGGCCAUGGGCAUGGGCGGCGUCGUCCAAAACAACGGCACACACCCCAUCAAGCUCCUCAUCUCCCACAAUCAGAUGGGAACCAUCAUCGGAAAGCAGGGCCUCAAGAUCAAGUAUAUUCAGGACGUAUCCGGGGUGCGCAUGGUCGCACAGAAGGAUAUGCUACCUCAGUCCACCGAGAGGAUCGUGGAAGUACAAGGAACACCCGAGGGUAUCCAGAGAGCUGUUUGGGAGAUCUGCAAGUGUCUGAUAGACGACUGGCAGCGUGGUACCGGCACCGUCCUCUACAACCCCGCCGUCCGGACUGCACCUGGCGGUAUCGGUGGUAGUGUUGGCGGCGGCAGCUAUUCUACUGGAAGAAGCGACUACGGUCCACCGUCGCGUGUUAUGCGCACUGGAAACGGUGCUGAUUUCAGCAAUGGCGCUACACCUCGGUCUUUCAAUCGCCGGUCCGACUCCGAGAUGGGGGGUCGGGGCCCGCCGACCCACGAUGAGAACGGUGAAGAGAUUCAGACCCAGAACAUCAGCAUCCCGGCAGACAUGGUGGGCUGCAUC